CAUCUUCCCUACUCAUACUUACAACCUUUUAGCCAAUAUGAUCCACCUCUCUCGAUUACCAUCUUGAAGACUCCUCUGCCAAUGAAGCUCCACACAUAAUAGACGUAGAUGAGGAGACGUGGAACAUCCGUGGUCGUGGACAGAAUAUAUUCAAUCCGAAAGCUGAAUACGCAUUGGUGUUGGCAACAAGGUUAAAGGAGAUAAUGAGAGGGCAAAAAAAGAAAAAGUUUAGUCUAUAGCUGUUGUAGCUUGAAGCCUUGAUAGGUUCAGUUUGGCCGUUCACCAUGGGGGUAUAUUUGUUGGCGAAGAAUAUGUAGGGGGUCGGUUGAAUUAUGUGGAUAAUUGUACAGUCCGACAAUUCGAACUGCUGGACUUGUCAUCCAUUGUGCUUAGAUUAGGUUACCGUAGAGAAUACGCUUGUGAGUUCUACUACUGUCAUCCUGCCCACAAUCAUGCAUGUCAUGACACUGAAGUUGGUCAUCCUCUCGAACCACUUAUUGACGAGGAACACUUGAAGAGAUUCAAAGAGUUGGCUAACAAACUAGAGAGAAUCGUGCAUGUUUAUGUUUUGGAGAUCACCGCAGUCGAAGCGAGAGCCAAACAUCAUAUGGACCAAGAGGCAUAUAUGAAGGAUUAUUUCAGUCCUAAGUCGAAGGGUGUAGUGAUAGAGGAAAUAGACGAGCCCCAUCUGGUUGUGUCCAAACAGAAGCCGCUGAAGAAGGCGUAGGUCAAUCUCGGAAUACCUUUGCUUGAGUGGUAUGAGCAGGAUGUAGAGUUCGAAGACUAUUUAGUGAGUAGUUUGGCUAAAACACGUGAAAAAUGGAGAAAGAAAGAGGUAGAGGAAACAAUAAUUUUGAAAAAUUUGAUGGAUGAAUUUAGUGCAACUAUGGAACAGGUGAGAGAUGAUCAGCCAACCUUACAUCCCGAAGCAACACAAGCACCAAUAGUUGAUACACCUUCAUCUGUGCAAGUUGAGGAGCAAGCCCCACAAGAAACAGUAGUUGAUGUUCAGCCAACUGCAUUUGAAUAUUUUUUGAAUUUAGGAUGUACUAACUUCAUUUGAAUUUUUUUGUAGCAUGGUGUGGCAGCGCAUACACAUAGAGUAGAGAAAAUUACUGAUGUUCCAUUUGAACCUGGGCAUCCACAAACAUAUGUAUAAGUUGAGGAGCAAGUCCUAUAGGAAUCAUUUGUGCAAGUUCAGCCAACCCCCCACAGACUGAAACAGUUGGUUAUGAGCAUGGUGUGGCAGCACGUGAAGUAGAGCCGACUUCUGAGGUUCCAUUUGAACCUGCACAGCGACAACCACAGGUUGUUGAGGAUGAUGUGGCUGCCUCAAGCAGGCUUCCAUCUGUAAGAGUGAUGCCGUUAGUGAUGAGCCUGUUGAAGUAUCAUCCGAUGCACCAGGCAGUGGAGUGGGAAGUGGCUUGGGAACUAAGAUGAAGUGUAUAGACCCGAUUUGAAUAAUUUGUGUGAACCACAUGAAAAAUUGUUCAUUGACAACUUGGCAGAAAAUUGGGAGCAGUACCUUGAAAAUUGGGUUGAAUGUGGAACAUGGCAACAGAUGGAGGAGAAUGUAGGCGGAGUUGAUGUUCAAGCUUUGCAAAACUUGGCCGAUGCAGCUCCUCUAGAUGAUAACUUGGGCGGGGGUAGACCCCAAGUUGAGGACGAAAACCUGGCUGCAGCAGGGGAGAAUAUCGUUGUAUCAGCCGCCAAUCAAGGUGAAGAGAACUUGGCCGGAGCAACAGAAGCCCAGACACCUCAAAUCUGGGAAGAUUGUCCUCUACAUAAUGAGGGUAAUGAUGACGAUUAAGAUGAUGAUGCUGUCCAGGUCAUAUCCGUCAACAACAUUUGUCGGGACGAGCAACUCUUUUCUUCGUACUUCGAGGAGCUGGUCCGGGAAAGUACAGAUGGUGUUGAAGUAGAUACUUCUGUGAACCCGAGAGGGAGCUUGAUAGCAUCUUGUUCGAAUGCCUACAAAACCCCGAGGAAGAGAACAUUCUUAGCAAAAAUUCUAAAAAAAGGAUGAUGGGUGGCAGUUGGCUGAUGAAGCCGACAUGCUUCAUGAUUUGGCGAAUACCGAUAUACAGGACGCAACUGAUCUUGAAGAAGGUAGGCGUAGGACUAAUAUUCUUUGUCGCACGUUCACUCUCACUGAUGACCUGCUGGACUGGAGUGUUGGGGAUGUGUUCGGUGACCGGGUGUACAUUAGGGAGACACUCCGACAGUAUGCUGUGUUGUCAAAGAGGGAUAUCCACAUCAAGGUCAAUAACGACAAAAGGUUAAGGGCCGUGUACCGUGGAGGUGGCUGUAAUUGGUUCUUUACUCCAGGAAGAAUCUCAUUCAUAACACAACAGACUAUGUUGUACAGACGAUGAACAGAAGGCAUUCGCACACUUGCUCAAGGGUACAGGAUAAUCAAUGGAUCAUGUCGAAGUGGUUAGGGAAACGAUUCACAGAAAAGAUCAAAGCGAACCCUCACAUUCCACUCUACUGACAGCUAUUCGACAAUGUGUAGAUGAGCAAUUCGGAUCAACUAUCAGCAGAAUGAAGGAAGCUCGGGCUAAAGGAGCGGUACUCGAAAGCAUCUUUGGAAAGAUCGGGGAUCAGUACAAGAGGCUUUUUUACUACAACGAGGAGUUGUUGAGGACGCAUCCUGAAUCAACUGUGCACAUACACUACGAUGCUGAAAGAACGAGGUCAAGCUCUGGCCCUCGGUUCCGCAGGAUUUAUGUGUGUUUAGGGACAUUGAAGGUUGGAUGGAAACGCUUUUGUCGACCAAUAAUCUUCCUCGAGGCAUGUUUCUUGCGUGGGAUGUACAAGGGUCAGCUCUUCACCGCAAUCGGCAUCGAUCCCCACAAUGGAUGGUGGCCAAUAGCUUGGGCAAUUGCCGAGACCGAAAGCUACGAGCAGUGGCAGUGGUUUCUGGAGUUCCUAGAUGAGGAUCUGGAUAUAUCGGCUAAUGCUCCUAGAUAUGUUUUCAUGUCGGACCAACAAAAGGGUUUAGGUAUGGUAAUUGAUGAAAAAUAUCCACAAAGUGAGCACCGGUUUUGCGUACAACAUAUGUACAACAACUACAAGAAGCGCUUCUCCGGAGACGUAUUGAGGAAGAGGAUGUGGGGGAUUUCAUCUAGCACAAUGGUCAUGGAGUUCGACCAAAAUAUGGAUGCAAUGCAAGUGUUCGACGCAAAUGCACACCGGUAUCUGACUAGAGUCGCCCCGAGGGAGAAGUGGAUUAAGGCCUUCUUCUCUGAGCACACUCUUUGUGAUACACAGCUUAACAACAUGUGUGAGACGUUUAACUCAAAGAUUGUUCUUACUCGUGAGAAGCCAAUAAUAACCAAAUUUGGAUGAGAUUCGAACACAGCAGCUGGAGCGUACAAAUUAGAGGUCAGUGGGUGAAGAACUAUAUAUGACUUCCCGGUACCUCAUGUGAUAAAGGAGAUUAUUAAUAAAGCAGCCGCAGAGUCGACCUCAUGGAGAUCGUUGUGGAACGGUGAGCACGAAUACCAAGUCACAUGCCCUUAUGGUCAGUUUGUGGUGAAUUUGCAAACAAAGAAAUGCACAUGUAGGCUUUGGCAACUCAGAGGUAUCCCAUGUGUGCAUGCGGCAGCCUCCAUCUUGAAGAUCGGCGAUUCCAUCACAGAUUAUGUGUUUGACUAUUACUCACGGAUCCGCAUGGUCGCCCUCUACGAGCAUGUCUUGUAUCCUAUCAACGGCAUGGACAAUUGGCCUAGAUCAUCGGAAGUUGGUUUCAAGUUGGAUCCCCCUAACUCAAAAAGACAACGUGGCCACCCACACAAGGUUAGAAGAGAACAAAAUUAGGUACAAAAUCGUGAGUACGGGGUCGGAGAACUUAUGCGGUCAACCUUGAUCACGUGCAGCCGAUGCGGUCAGACAGGGCACAACAGGAGAACCUGUCAAAACGACCCUCGACCACCGACUAGUCAAAGGAGUGGAGCAUCUUCUAGCCACCCGCAAUAUGGUGAGGGGCCAUCUUCAAGUCGAUCAACUGCCACACCGCAGGCUGCUCCCGCCGGACAAACGGCAACAGGGAGAGGACAGCCUGCUCGGGGGACAGCGGGAGCGGCAGGUCCACCUCGUCCACUAAGCAACACCAGGAGGGCUCAAAGGUGUGCCGUCGCAGAAACGUCGAUUAAACUUGUGGAUGUCAUUGUGGGAUUUUGUUGUGUUGUGUUUCGUUUUGUGAAAAUCACGUACAGUCUGCCUUUUUUGUCCUGAACUUUGAACUUUACGGACUUCGAUUGAAGCUUAGCAUUUCAGGUGGUUUUUUA